AUGUACUUAAGAGCUGCCAGUUUGCUUGUCGUACUGCUGUUAGUACGGCGAUCUCUAGCUGAAGAUUGUACUACCUCGCAGACGACUCGAAGCUACCUUAAUGAGACGUUUCACUCUAGUCAAGUUCUAGUAUCCGGUACGCACUUGAAAGUUCGAGUCCGAAGGGUGUUCAAAGGAAGGGAACACUUGAAAUCCAGGUCUUCGAUUGAUGUGAUUGUGCCAUCAAGUUUUAAGUUCUGCAUCUCAGUACUGCUCGUACAUGAUACUCGUGUCUUUCCGUUGUCGAUUGAUGGGCAAGACCUCACUCUUUCUGCACCAGUUCUGCCCAUCAACCUCAGUGUAUUGGACUCACUUCAUUCAUUUAUAUUGAGAAAACCUCACAAGAAGCGAAAAAAGGCCAAAAAAAGUCAUUGCGAAUCUCAGCUGUGCCCUCUUGGAUCGAAAUGCGUUUUUUCGACGUAA